ACCUUCACAUGCAUGCAACGGCUGCAGCGCAAGGAGACAGUGAAGAACAAUGCGCCAAGGUGGUGGUUUAAAAGGCAGUGUAGCACGGCGGACGGUGGGAGAACACAUGGCUUUGCCUUCCACACCUCCAACAAUGAGCUUUUCCACAAUGUUCCUCGUCCUCUUCUGGCUCUUCCCUUCUUCCCAGUCUCUGCACUACGACGCAAUCUUCAGCCUCGGCGACUCUCUCUCCGACACCGGCAACGUCCAGGUCGCCGGCCUGCCCUACGGCAUGACCUUCUUCGGCCGCCCCACCGGCCGCUGCUCCAAUGGCCGCCUGGUCAUCGACUUCAUUGCUGAGGCAGUGGGGCUGCCAUUGCUUCCGGCGUCGACGACGAAGGGCAACAGCUUCCGGCAAGGUGCCAAUUUCGCCUACACGGCCGCCACGGCCCUCGAUUUCGACUUCUUCAACCGCCGAGGACUAGGAGGCAAGCUCUGGGUCAAUGCCUCCUUGAGUAGCCAGAUCGGGUGGUUCGAGAAGACGAUGCCUUCACUCUGCAGUUCAACCUCAGCUUGCAAGAACUACUUCGGCAGGUCCCUUUUCGUGGUGGGGGAGUUUGGAGGCAAUGACUACAACACAGCAAUCUUCGCCGGCAGAAGCAUGGCAGAAGUGAAUUCCUACGUGCCCAUAGUCAUCCGUGCCAUUAGAUUGGGUGUCGAGAGAUUGGUUGGCCAUGGUGCAGUGGAUAUACUGGUACCAGGAAUGCUACCAAUUGGAUGCUUUCCCGUUUACUUAACAUUGUAUGGUAGCUCUAACAAAAAUGACUACACUGGCAUUGGAUGCCUGAGGAAGUACAACGAUUUGGCGAUGCACCACAAUGCGCUUCUCCGACGAGCGAUCUAUGGACUUCAGAGAAAGCAUUCUGGGACGAGGAUCAGAUAUGCUGAUUACUAUAACCCGGCCCUUGGGUUUGCAGCUGAUCCAGCAAAAUAUGGAUUCACUGGUGGAGCUCUGAAGGCGUGCUGUGGGGCAACCGGAAGUGGGGAAUACAACAUCAAUCCGGACAAGGUGUGUGCUCAGCCAGGCUCGAGCGUGUGCGGGGAUCCCACGACUCAUGUGAGCUGGGAUGGCAGUCAUCUGACUGAAGCUGCGUAUCGCCUCAUCGCCCGUGGUUGGCUCGGAGUUCCCGACGCCAAACCUUCCAUCCUGUGACACCACCAUGAGCUGAGGUUAGAAGUUGUAUGAGCCAACCAAAGAACCUUAUGAACCUACACCGCCACAAUAAGUGCUGCUACUGUUACAUCCCUCGUGCCAAUAAGGUCGAGUUGGUUUUAGGACA